AUGGAAUCAACAGAGACUCAAAUUGAGGGCAGGACGAAGGAUUCGAGAAGACGUCUGAGGAUCUGGAAAUGCUGUGAUGGUAGCGAUCUUGAUCUUGGAAAUUCUGAGAAUGUUGAAGAUUAUGUUGGGGAUUUGAAGAUAAAGAAACAGUCCGAUCAAGAAAAUCAAGAUCAGAAGCAGAAAAUGGCGUUGAAUCAAGAAUCUGUGGCCUUGAAAUUGAUAUUAGAUGAGCUUGAGACUGAGAUCCCUCGCCUGCAAGUUCAUCUUGCCCGGUUGACACAACAAAAGGAAGAACUCGUGGAAAUGUUUCAGCAGUUGGAAUUUGAACUUGAAAAGCAAAAACAGAGGAAUUCUGAUAUGAAAAUGGUGGAACCAGCUGAUCAUGAACUAAGAGACAAAAUUAAGUCAGUGUUGGAAAGUCAACCGAAGAAACCCAAAACGAAAAUGGAAUCAACACUGAAUCAAAUUUUGGGUAAAGUGAAGGAUUCGAGAAGAUGUCUGAGGAUCUGGAAAUGCUGGGAUGCAGAGAUGACCUUGAAGUGA